CACAAGCACACACACAUUCCUUUCCAGUCACUCUGAGGGGCAGGCACAGAGCGUGCUAGAAGCCUAGAGCAAAGAAUCCUGCACAGUCGCUUGGUCACAGACAGAACUGAGUUCGCAGAACAUGACAGAGAGUGUGAGCGCACCAGGGGAGGUCUGACGGCACAGUUGCAUCUCUUUAUGGACUCCCGGCUUCAGAACCUCAACCACACAAUGCUUAUGUAAUACUUGUCAAUGCAUACUAUGUGCACAAAUCUUUUAAAGACAGUGCUUAUUUUCUUCAAGAGGACACACUAGACAAGAGCUCUGAGAAGAGUGAGGAUACAACCUGAUCAGCAAUGUUCUCCACAAGUUCUUUCAUAAGGAGGUCCCAUAUGGACAUUGCAUAUCUUGAACCACUGGACACUUUAACAGGCUUCUGAUUCAGGAAUAGUUAAAACAAUAAGACAAAACCAGAGGAAACCUCUAAAAGUUCUGCUUGACAGCUCUGUAUCUCAGAUUGUUUUCCUGGUGCUGACAUGCUCUGGUGGACACUUACCUAUCGCUACCUGGGUUUAGCAGCUCUGCUGGUAGUGGCUAGUUGUGUUGGAGGUGAGCAGAAGAAAGGAGGAGAUGAAGGAUCACGAAGCUCCUCUGGGAAGGCUAGCAGCACAGGCAGCAGCACAGGAGGUUCCUCUAGCCGCAGAUACCACCGGCUCCAGCAUGGUCAAUGUACCUACACCUUCAUCCUUCCAGAAGGCGACGGAAAUGCAGGUGCAUCCUGCCGCGAGACGAAAGCAGGCACUCAGUACAACGCAAACUCACUUCAGAGAGAUGCUCCACCACCUGAACCUGACUUCUCGAACCAGAAGAUUCAACAGCUGGAGCACAUCAUGGAGAACUACACACAGUGGUUACAGAAGAUUGAGAACUACAUCAAGGAGAGCAUGAAGGCAGAGAUGGCACAGUUACAGCAAAGUGUCGUCCACAAUCGCACCGCGGCAAUGUUGGAAAUGGGAACCAAUCUUCUCUCGCAGACGGCCGAACAGACCCGCAAGCUGACUGAUGUUGAGACUCAGGUUUUGAAUCAGACAUCCAGGCUGGAGAUUCAGCUGCUGGAGAACUCCUUGUCCACGAACAAGCUGGAGAAGCAGCUCAUGGUGCAGACCAAUGAGAUCAGUAAACUCCACGAUAAGAACGGAUUUCUGGAGCUGAAGAUGCAGGAAAUGGAGUCAAGGCACAGGACAGAGCUGGAGGUGCUAAGGGAGGAAAAGAGCAAUCUCCAGGCGCUUGUGGUCAGGCAGAGUGGUGUGAUUCUUGAGCUGGAGGCUCAGCUGGGCAAAGCCUCGGGUAACAGCACAGUGCUGCAGAAGCAACAGCAGGACCUGAUGGACACCGUGCACAGCCUCCUUAACCUCUGCUCCAAAGAUGGAGUGGUGCCCAACAGCACGAAACAAGCCGACGAGGAGAAGAAAUUCCGGGACUGUGCUGAUCUCUAUGAGUCCGGAUUCCAGAAAAAUGGCGUCUAUAACAUCAACAUUAAUCCACAAGAAACUAAAAAGGUAUACUGUAAUAUGGAAUCUGCUGGCGGUGGAUGGACAGUAAUUCAACGCCGAGAGGAUGGUAGUGUCGACUUUCAGAGGACAUGGAAAGAGUACAAGAUGGGCUUUGGGAGUGUGUCAGCUGAGCACUGGCUGGGGAACGAGUUCGUGUACAUGCUGACCAGCCAGAGACAGUACGCACUCCGUGUGGAGCUCACUGACUGGGAUGGACAUCAGGCCUUCUCGCAGUAUGACCGCUUUCAUAUAGGCAGUGAAAAAAACAAGUACAGAUUGUCCUUAAAGAGCCACAGUGGGACAGCCGGCCGACAGAGCAGUCUGGUGAUCCAUGGAGCAGACUUCAGCACCAAAGACAUGGACAAUGACAACUGCAUGUGCAAGUGCGCCUUGAUGUUGACCGGAGGCUGGUGGUUUGAUGCCUGUGGCCCAUCCAACCUGAACGGGAUGUACUACACCCAGGGACAACAUGUUGGCAAACUCAAUGGCAUCAAGUGGCAUUAUUUCAAAGGGCCAAGUUACUCUCUCCGUGCGACUUCCAUGAUGAUCCGACCUCUGGAAUUCUCGUAAACCUUUUUCCAAACCAAGUAGGUUGGGACAUAAUAAAAAAAAGGGUUCCAUUCCUUAUAACAGGACACCUUAGAAGUGGCUUGAUAUGCUACAUGUACUGUACGAUACAUGGAUUGUGUGACACUCAUUAGCAAUAAUCCACCUUUUAUGGAAAAAAGAAGAGGAGAGAAGAGAAGAGAAAAAGAAGAGAAGAGGCUUCUGUUAUUAUCACAGGAGAUGAUAAACUCUCUGGGAUUUAAAGAGAGCAUUCUUGGCUGGCUUUUAUUUUUAUAUAUCAGAGGUAUGAACUUGAGUGCCAUUGCUGGGUCACUGUCAGCUGCUGAGGUGAGCAAAUCGCCUCUGAGAGGAGACUGGGUGAUACUGCACACGUUCGGUACCCCAGUGAAUUUGCAGCAGAUUUGUCAGGAAAGAUUUCUGACAACCCAAAGUGAGCCACUGACUUGAACAUUUUUGUACAAACAGUGUUGCUGCACAGUUACCACUGACACACAUAUUGUAUUAUUACCUUGUUUUGUACCUACACACAUUUUCGUUCAUGAUUCUUGUCAAAUAACGGUUUCCAAAAGUCAAACAAUGUUUAAUGUGAAAGAACCAUAUAAUGUGGAAUCUAGAGAAAAGGGUUUCCAUGAUGGUACUUUAUGCCAGAUCGAGUCUCAUUUUCUAUUAUUACCUGCAAUUCUAUUAAUACUGGCUAUUAUUUUUUUAAUGACCUACAGUAUAGGUACAUUAAUGGCUAGCAGUCACAAUUAGACUACAGGCCAGGGUUCAUGUGUACAAUACGAACUCUCUUUUUUUUUUUUUUUUUUCUCCGAGUUAGAAUUCAGUUAGCUGAAUGUAUGUAAGAAUGUAUGUAAAAAGGUUUCUCUGCUGUAAUAUACACCUUGUAUAAUUAAUCAUUAAACCCUUUGUGAAUCAAAAUGUGAGCAGAUGUGUUAGAGAAGAAAAAAACUAAAUUCCUCAGGUGCAGACACUGUCCAGGUCCAG